AUGCCAUGCAUCAGUGUGGGGGGUUCAAAUCCCCGGCACAUCCAGCUCUUCCAGCACAGUGUUCACGGCCAGACGCUGCGGUGCCCACCCCGGUCAUCACACAUUCUCUUUCUAGCCCACUACAAAGUCCCAUCCGCGGCCUCUCUGCCAGCUCCUCGCUCGCUAAAGGUCACCGCUAAUGAUGUGGCGUCCUGCUGCAGCUUUGACAGGAAGCACGAGGUCCAGAGGUGA